CGCAAUCGCUCAACCCUGCUCGUAUCCUCCGGCCCCGACUGAAAGGAAAGUUGCUGGUGUUUAUCGUUGUCGGAGCCCGGCAUGUCGUCGACAAUCAACGUCUGCCUGGAAGCCCAGACAGCUGAGCUUGCACCCCAGCAAUCGCCGUCAGUCCGGGCCGGCGACCACAGUGAAGACUCGUUUGCUACGACCCGGCAGAUUGUGCGCGCGUGCGUGCGAUGCCGGAAGCAGAAAUCCAAGUGCGAUGCUUUCCGGCCUUGUUCCAUGUGCGUGAAGGCCGGUGUUGAGUGCAUUAGUCGCUCUCACAAUCACAGGAGUAGGUCCGACGGCGCCGGGAGUGAAGUUCAACAUAAUGUGCGAUUGGCAUCUUCCAAUCCGCCGGAGGAGCGUCCAGCCAAGGUUCGGAGGCUUGACACCAGCGGCCACCCGAGCGGCGAUACUCCCGUCGUCGCAAGGGCUCGCCAGAUCUCUCCGACACGGCAUGUCCUCCGAGCAGAGUCGGCCUACUCAGGCCAGGCAGGCGGCGGUACUGGUAGCCCCGAACGGGGCGGCGGCGAUGGCAACGGCGAUGGCGAUGGCGAUGGCGUCGGCGGGGAAGACGGCGACGUCAACAUCGAGGGAAGGGACGAGGACGACGCCGGCAUCAUCGAAGUGAAGGAGGCCAACAUGAACACCAACCUGUUCGCCCUAACCCCCGGCCACCUGAUGGAGAGCACGAACCCCUCCGAGCAGCAACAGGAAGGCUACGGCUCCCCUGCGGCGCUGCUGGCGACGAGGUUGGGCCUCGUGGCUGGCGAUCGGGGAGGAGAGACGAUGGAGUCGCCGUCGGCGACCAGCAGCAUCAUCGACCCCCAAUAUCGCGCAGUGCUCCCAUGGUCACACUCGAGGGCAUCGGCAGCGUCCUUGCUGGCCCACCUACCUCCUCGGCCCGUUGCCGACUACUUGGUUGCCGUCUAUUUCAACACGGUGCAUUGGUUCAUGGUCGUGCUGCACGAAGGGCACUUUCUGCAUCACUACAAGUCCAUGAUGGAUCUCUAUGACCAGGACCCGAAGCUGGUGUUCAAUACGGACGAGGACUUUACCUUCUCCGUACUUGUCCUGACAGUGAUCGUUCUGGGGGGUCGAUACACAUCCAUCCACUCGGCCCGCGCCAAGCGAUGCAAGGAGAUAUACGCCGGGAUCUGCCGCACAUCGCAACAACCCUAUGGCGUCGGCAGCUCUGCCGCAGCUGACGGGAACGGGAACGGGAACGGGAACGGGAACGAGUUCGACAUUGUGAAUACCACAUCCCAGCUAUUCUCCGUCGUCCGGAGCAACACCACCGACAACCUUGCUUGCGGGACACUGGCCACAGUGCAGUCACUCCUCUUGCUGGGCAGUCUGUGCCUCUUCCACGGCGAGUCUAACCUGGCGUGGGCCUACUCGGGGUCGACCAUCCGCACAGCCCAGGCCCUGGGCCUGCACAGGGACGGCUCAGAGCGACGGUGGAAGUCGCCCUACUACCAGCGCAUGGCCCACGCCGAGAGGUGCCAACUGAGGCGGCGGCUGUUCUGGGCCGUCCACACGGCAGACCGCUUCCUGGCCAUGUGCUACGGUCUCCCGCUCGUCAUGUCGGACGAUGACUGCCUUGCCGGGACGCCGUGCGAGGACGACGUCUAUCCCCUCCCAGGAUGCUCUUCGUUCCUGAUGAUCGAAGACGACCUCGCCGGACCGACUCCGACCGGUGGUGGAGGUGGCGGUGGCGGCCCCGUCACGCUUCUCACUUACCAGACCUACAAAUUGCACGUUUACAUCAUUCUUGGCGAGAUCAUAUCUUGUCUCUACAGGCCGUCUAGCGGUGGACGGAACCCCAUCCUGUCUAAAUUCGAGCCGGCUGCAUCAGCCCCGGAGGCGUUGCAGCAGCCCAAGGCAGAAGGACUGAUCGAAACUGCCCAGAGGCUCGAAGCCAAGCUGCGCAACUGGCACAACGACCUCCCCGCGGCCCUCCGCCUGUCCGACGACAUGUCGUACCCGCCAUACAACGGGCUCGUGGCCAUUGACGGUGAUGACAACGACAACGACAACAACGACGACGACGAAAUCAUCAUCCCGGCAAGCGACGACCUCCUCAAGGGCUGCGAGGCAACGCAGCAGCGGCGUCGGCGGAUCCGCAACGGCAUCUACGGCAUGCAAGCGCUGCUCCUACAGCUCGCGUACGACAACGCGCUGAUCCUGAUCCACCGGCCCAUCCUAGCGCUACGGAGCAGCAACAGCAACCAGCAACCCACGCGCGACGCCUUCUCGCGGUCCGUGGACGCGUGCUGGCGCGCGGCGCUGCGCAUCUCGCGCAUCGGCGGGCACCACAUCUUCGGGCGCGGCCAGCAGGCGCACGCGGUGUCGUACGUGGGCAUCCACCUGUUCACGGCGGGCGUCGUGCUCAGCGUCUUCGCAAACAGCGACCCGCUAAGCCGCAGGGCGUGGGAGGCCAAGCAGGGGCUGAGGCGUAUCAUCCGCAUGCAGAGGCGCCUGCGCCGGAAGGUCGUCGUGUCAGGGCAGGGGUUGGCCCUGCUGGAGAACUUGGCGCGAGAGGUCGUUAGGAAGGAGAUCGCUGAGAUACUUGCGCAUGAUGAGGAUGCGGAUGCGCGUGGCGCUGGGCAGGGAGUGGAUGAGGCUGGGAGAGGGAGAGGGAGUGGGAGUGGUGGGAAUGGCAUUUGGAAUGGGAAUGGCCGUGUGAAUGCGGCGGCUGCCUCUCAGAGGGAACCAUCGCCGUGGGGCCGUGGGGGAACCACCGAGGCGGCGGCCUGGCAGGCGGCGGCGGUAGGCCUAGAUCGACCUAGUCAGUUUGCUUUUCCUGAUACGAGUGUCGGCCAGCCGCCAGAACCGCCUGGUGGGUUGAUGACCGGUUUUAUCGACGAUUCGAUGUUCGACAAGGACAUGUUCAACGAGUCUGUGUUGGACAUCGAGAAGCUCCUUUCUGAUUCUCAAUUCCUAUCGGCGUCUGAAGCAGGGACAAGCAACGACUUUGCCUUUCCAAAUACUGGAGCCCAGGCGACUUCGGGGAUCUGGUGGUUUUCCUCUGAGUAGACAAGUUAAUAAAGCUUGUGAAGGCAGUGUAUCAUCAUAAUCACAAACCACACCGAUCUUGAAGGCGUCAGACAGCAUGUCAACUUCCCUAAACAAAACCUAGGUCACAAGAGUUCUCAGUUCAAGAACUGCUGCAGCCAGUCCUCAAUCCUCUCCAUCAUCUGAUACGACAUCCAAUGGCCAGUAUCCUCCUGCUCGACGAAGAUGACGUCGUUGUUGGCGGCGUAUUUCUCGACCCACGGCCGCGUGAACCGGCUCGGCACCAGGGGAUCCUCGGCCCCGUUGAGCACAAGUAUCUUCUUCCCCCGAAUCUCCGUCAAGCUCCGGUCCCGCGCGAGGUAGAGUCUCUCCACCGACUUGGGCCACUUUUCCGUGCCGGACGGCACGUCGGCCGUCGACGAGUAGCCGCCGAGGC